GUUCUUACGCUACACUGGGAAAACGUUGAAAAUUAUUAACUAUUUAAUGAUAAAAUAAACAAUAAUUUUGAAUGAUGGAGGCUGAUUCUUUAAUGCAUUCAUGUGUAGAAUUACAACUGCCUCUAGAAUUUGUGAAAGAAGCAUUGAUUGGUAUUGAAAACGACGAAAAAUUCGUCUUCGAAACAAGUGGUAUUUUCCCUACCCAUCACCAAGAAGUAAACCUGACAUUUACGAAUAUGAAAACGCAUUUGAAAAUAACAUUUGAUAAACUUCAAUUUUUAACUUCCGAUGGUGUAAGUAAAUGUAUAAUAAACAGCCUAGAGGAUGGAUUUCACAAAGAAUGUGACAUUGAAGCUAACCAGUCCCAGGGAAUUCAAAGAGAGCAACAAGUUUUGGAGCAUUCUGUUCAAGCGAGAGAUACUUAUCAGAAUAUAAACACCACUGCAGAUAAAACAAGCAUAGAACAAGAACUGGUCCUGUCAGCAAAAGGGAGCAUUCAUUCUGAGAGGCAGCGGCCUAAAUCCUCAGACACAGUGAAACGUAAGAGAGGUCGGCCUAGGAAAGUGAAAUGUAAUCAGACAUCAGAUAAAGAAAUCGUAGAUAAGGUGGAUCAUGAGAUACUUAAGCCCUCUGACAUCCAUGCCACAGUAAAUACAGCUGACGAAAAGGACAAAAUUGUGCAUGAGGAUGAAUCUGAGUUGACCAAUUCACAAAGAGAUUCAGACAGUGUUAAAAAGGAUUCUAUGAUUAAUGAUGGAAAGAGAUAUAGUUUAAGAGGAAGGAAACUCAAUUCAAAAAUAAUGGCUCUCGUAAAAGGUACUGGCAUUGAUGGAAAUGAAAGUGAAGAAUCUGUGAUGGUGUCAGACAGUAAUAGUGAUGAAGAAGUAAUGAGAUUCAAAAAGAAAAUAAAGAGAAAAACUGAGAAUGAGGUAGCCUUUAAAGAAAACAAAAUCUAUGCAAAGAAAAUAAAAGAACAGGUGAAGGAAAUUCUUAGUAAAGGUGCUGUGUCUGAGACCAUCAAAAAGACAAGAGGAAAAUUGAUAGAUUGCAAAGUAUGCGGUAAAAAAAUCUGUGGCUAUACAGCAGCAUAUAAACACCUCUUGAAAAAGCAUAAGAAAACAGAAGGCCUAGAUGAGUACUUAAAGGAAAUUUCUAAACUGAAAGAAUGUUCCUGUUGUUUUUGUGGGGAAACAUUCGUAGAUAGUUCAAGUGUAAAGAAUCACAAGGAAACGGCUCAUAAGGAUGUAGAUUUUAGUUGCCCCCUCUGUAACUGUAAAAGUAAAAACUUGGCCAAUUUGAAAAUGCAUGUUCGUAAUAUGCAUGUGGAAGUUGGAAAGAAAGCGUUUUGUCAUCUCUGUACAGCAUCAUUCAGGUCACACGGAUCACUAAGGCAGCAUAUUGAUUUAAAUCAUUUUGGGAAUAAACAUGUGUCGUGUGAAGUUUGUAACAAACAAUUCUAUAAUAAAUCUCAGCUGAGGCGGCAUAUGAAAGCCCAUGGUUCUGAUAUAUCUAAACGUUUCAGAUGUGAAAUUUGUGGCAAACUGUUUAACUUUGAGUAUAACCUAAAAAGGCAUUUGAAUUUCAUUCAUAAACCGCAGUCAGAAUGUUUUCAUUGUUCAUAUUGUGGAAAAGGUUUUUCUCAAAAGGUGCCAAUGAUUACACAUGUUCAGCAUGUACACUUUAAUAUUUUCCCAUAUUCUUGCAAAGAGUGUAAGGGCAGUUUUGCAAAAGCUCCACUUCUUAAAGAACACAUGAUGUCAGUUCAUCAUAUUCCGGACUAUGCAGUUCCUUUUAUGCCAAGAAAUAGCGUAUAUGACAAAGCGGAUGAGGAUAAAUUUUAUUGCUCAUACUGCAGUGAAAGUUUUGCUCAUAAGAUUCGUUUGAUUGAACACAUGCAUGGUGAUCAUGCAGAUGCCUUUCCCUUUAAAUGUGACAUCUGUGUUCAAGGCUUUCUCGAGCAGUCAUAUUUGAUACUUCACAUGUUAAAGGCACAUGGAGUACUGAUACAGAACGAAGAAGUCCUAAAUCACUCAAAGUCAGCAGGGGAGAUAAUGCAGAUAAUCACUACCAAAAAUGGAUACCCAAAUAAAGUCAUGUCAGCUUUAUCUGGUACAGAAGUACUUGCAGACAGUGAGGAAGCAUAUCAGGAAGAACAACACAUUGCAGUCAGUGAUGGUACAUAUACACAGGACACCUCCACUGCAGCCUUUGUAGAGAAUGUUCCGGCUGAACCCUCACAGUCCUCCUCGUCACUCCUGGUGGAAGUGGAACAAGGCUCAAACACAUACCAGUAUGUGAUAGAGGCACCACAGUCCCUGGGCCAGUCUGGCUCGGAGCUGGCAGUGCAGGACAUUGCAAACCUGUUAAUUGCUGCUGAGCAGACUUCACAAGAGGAGCAAGGGGAAGUGUUAGAACCAGAAACAUCUUCUGUGCAGGAAAUCAGCCUUGUUAUCGAUGAUAAUGGACAGAGUCAUGCAGCAGCAUCUGAAAAUCAAGAGCAGCCUGUGGAGGUUUUACUUGGUCAAAAUGACCAGAACAUAUCCUUGAUGUCAGCAGAUAAUCAAGGACAACCGAUGGAAGUUGUGAUUGAUCAGAAUGAACAGAACAGUGCUGUGUUUACAAUAGAAAAUCAAGCACAUUCUUUACAAAUUGAGCAUGGUGAUAUAAUAGAAAUGAAUGAUUCAAACUCUGUAGAUGGGAAAAAUUAUUAUAGAAUUAUUAAUGUGCUGGAUAAUCAGUGAAUAUUGAGACUGAUAAACAAUGAAUCUUGAAACACAAGAACUUUGAAAACAUGCCAACUAUCUUCAUCUAACAGAAAAGAAAAAAUUUCGUUAAGAAGCCAUAUAGCUUCAAAAACUGCUUUAUCAUCAUCAGUGUAAUGAAAUUACAGUAAACUUCACUUAUAAUGAAUUUUCGUUGAUAAGGAACAGUGUCAAAUUCAUAAUACCGUAUUUUGGUGUGUAUAGGUCGCACUUUUUCUACCCAUUCUGCUGCCUGAAAAAGUUCCUGCGACCUAUAGGACAGAACAUUGCCAGCAGUUUUUUUUUUCGGGCCAAUUUUCUGACCGUAGCUCUCGCAAAAUUACGUGCAUCUGUUACGAACGAACAAAAUGGAUAAAAAUAUCAAUAUCGGCGGCUUUUCAACCAAUAGCGGUUACUUUCAAUAAAAUAUAUCGUAAAUAACCCAUACAGACUAUUAAAAUUACGAAUGACUUUAAUUCAAAGAUGUUUUUGCAGUCUGAAUUACGUUUGUUUCUACUUUCGUUUUACUGGACGCCAUUGACAUGUACCCCGGGUUGGAUAAAAUCUGGACAGAUCCGUCCUCCAUUCCAAACAUUGUUUAUACUAAUUCUUAGCGUAUUAAAAAACUUGAAAGAUAAUUUUUUACUUCUGAUUUUUAAAUAAAAGAAAAAAAUCCAAAAAGAGAUAUUUUGUUAAUCUUUUUACUCAGAAUCAAAAGAACGCGGUUAAUUACAUGACACGGAAAGGUGUUAUAAUUGCUGUGCAAACAAUUCACACUUAAACUUGCAUGAUAACAGAAUGUAAACGCAAACCGUCUGCUGCCAAUUAGUGUCAAAAAGCCGCUUUUCUUUGAUAUAAUCUGUUACCGAUACUACUGUUGGUACGAAACGGUUGGGAACAAAAAUAACACUGUCCGAUUUCCACCAAUCAGGUUCUGAUAAUAAUUCAGUCCGCGGCAUCAAUAUGGCCGCCGCCAUAACUUUUUUGCCAGUAAAUAUUAAAUAUUGCUGGGGAAAAAAUCCGAAAUUUAACUGCGACUAAUACGCUAGAAGUUAAAUUUUCCGACCAUUUCCAGAGCAAAAAUUAGAUGCGGAAUAUACAUUACCGCGACCUAUACACACCAAAAUACGGUAUUCCCAUUCUUUACUCUAUUUAAACACAUGCAAUAAGUUAAAAAAAAAUUAGGGUAGGUACAUUUGUAGGUCAGAUUUUUUUUUUUAUCAAGUGAGACUUUUCGGAAAUUAUUUUUGUGUCAGAAAAUGAAUACAUAUAAGGGUGUUAUGCCUUUAGAGCAUCAGUAAGUUGAUUUUUAACAUCACUGAUCAUGUUUAAAAUGAAAAAAAUUUUUUUUUAGAUACAAUGUAUUUGGAAAUUAAUGCUAUAUUUCUUAAGAAUGCUUUGUAACUUAAUUACUGACAGACUGUAUGUUACGGAAUCGCAUGAGAAUUAGUUGUUUUUAAUUUUUUAUGUUGAAAAUCGAAAAGCAUUUGUAACGCUUCACUCGAGGUUUAUUUGUAAAUCAUAAAUAUCUAUAUUAUUUAUUACACAUUAAAUACUAAAUCCCCCAUAAUGCUGUUGGUAGCGACAGCGGAAAACUUACAUUGCCACGGUGGUCCGGGUUCGAUUCCCAAGUGGUACAGUGAAACACCGCUCGCUCGAGCAUCGAUUACUCGAGUACCCGGGCUCGCUCGUUCAAUUCAUGUGGUCCCGGCCGAUUUCCUUCUAUUUUCUAUGCGAAAUUACCACGGCUGGAUCGAGCAUCGAUAACUCGAUCGCUCGAGCAUGACAUCUGGUCCCUGUGUAUUAAUUUACUCUUUGUUGCUUCUGGCAAACUCGAGCAGAGGUGUCAAAAUUUUUCACACCUUCGGUGGUCAGAAUUUAUCGGUUAAUUAAAAUUUUCCACACAUCGUGAGAAUUGCAUGGUCUAUUCCGCGACUAUCCUAAAUGUUUGUUUGUCGGUAUAUUUGAUCUGAUAAUGAGAUUAAUUAUUGAUAAAAGGUUGAACAAAAGUUUUAUUGAUCAGAUAUUGAUGAAUAACUGAUUACUUAAAUCUUCUUUUCUGUGGGAUCGAGGAGACUGUCAUGAGAUUUUAGUAUUUUAAUCAGCAGUUGUUUGCAUGCAAGUGAAGGAAAUAAUAUGGCCUUUUCAUAAAAUUGAGACGAUAAUUUUGAUAUGCACUUGUUGAUAAAUAAAAAUAAAAAGUCCUAGUUGUUUCUUCACGUGUGCCAUUUACAAAGUGCGUAUUGAAACGUCUAUCAUAGAUAACGUUUGUAAUACGUUUUUUUUAAAUGUCACAAGCAUGUUAUUAUUAUGCAUCACCUUUUAAUCUGCAACUGGUCGCGGUGACAAUUGAUAUUGGUAAAACAAACAAUUUUCUUCUUAUGUUGGUCAAUGUUUGGGUCGCUCGAAACCAUGGAUAACUCGAGCAUUUUGCUCAUCCCCUUGCGACCUCGAGCGAGCGAUGUUUUACUGUAAUCUUUUUUUAGCUCACCAGAGCAUGAGGUGCUCAAGGUGAGCUAUUGUGACCAGUCAUUGUCAUGUGUCGUCGUCCUUGAACAUUUGCCUUAUUAACACUCUAGAGGCCACAUUUGUGACACAGUCUUUAUGAAACUUGGUCAGAAUGUUUGUCUUGAUGAUCUCUAGGUCAAGUUCGAAACUGGGUCAUUCAUGUAGGAUCAAAAACUAGGUCAGUCGGCCAGAUCAAAGGAAAAUCUUGUUAACACUCUGGAGUCCACAAGUAUAAGUUUGAAAGUCAUGAGAAUUGGUCAGAAUGUUUGUCUUGAUGACCUCUAGGUCAAGUUGGAAUCUAGUACAUGUUAGGUCAAGAACUAGGUCACCCAGUCAAGUUAAAGGGAAAGCUUGUUAACACUUUAGAGGCCACUGUAACUGUUGUAAUCCAAUCUUUAUGAAACUUAAUCAGAAUGUUUGUAUAGAUGAUCUCUAGGUCAAGUUUGAAACUGGGUCAUGUAGGAUCAAAAACUAGAUCAGUAGGCCAGAUGAAAUGGCGAUAUAGGGCCAUGAUGGCCCUCAUGUUUCUUGAUAUGGCAUUUUAAAAACAGUUUAGAAACAAAAACUCGUAUUCCGGUGUUCAUAAUAUGACUAAACUUCAAUUUGAAAGAAAGAUAAUUUUUUAGCCAAAAUCUGGAGGUCAGUCCCUUUAACAAUAUAGACACCGUACUUAGUGGUCUGUGCGUAAAUUUUAUUUCAUAAAAGAUGAAAGUUACAUGCUCACCGGUUUAUUCGGUCUUUGACUUCCGGUUUGAUUUGACGUUUUGGGAAAGAAAGAAAGUGUUGAUGAUUUAUGUGUGAUAUAGUGGAUUCGUGUGGCUGUCAGCGAUAUUUGAUACGCGUAGCUUUUGCAGAGAAACUGCUUUACAUAUCGUCAUUGGAUAUUGUGUUUUUAUCUCAUUUUGAUGCAAGGUGAUGGUAACAUUAAUUUAGUGUACUUGAUAUUGUGAAGAACUCUCAUAUGCAUUCAUACUGUUGUGGAUUCACGUAUACGAAAAUGUUGGAAAUGUUGUUCUGAACAGUUAUGAAGGCUGUAUAGUAGCAUGUGAAUAUUAUAUGAGCUGUGACAAGACCUGAAAGAUUUUGAAUUAUUAAGAUACAGUACACUGGAUGUGGUGUUUAUGACCUUUCAAUCGAUGAAAUAUGUGAGGACAAAAGAAAUGGCACACUUAAGUUUAUUUAACUGUCUUUGGUGUCUUCUCAAGUGUAUGGUAAUAACAGAUGCAAAUGGGUAGUCACAUAUUGUUACAGUUGUUAAGACAGAAACUUUUAGUCUCAAAUCACAGCUCUGAGCUUUGUCCAGGUAUAAGAAUAUACCCAAGAGAUGGAAUAUAUUAAAUAUUUAUUGGAAUCUGAGUGUGGUAUGAAGUGUGAUAUUUUGACUUGAAACAUAACUCCAUGUGAUACUUUAUUUAUCUCAUGACUUUGUAACUGACUGAAAAUGUUAAUGUAAUUUGUAUAACUAAGAGUGAUUGUGUAGCAGUUUUUGGCUACAAGUAAAAACAUGACUUGUGUAUUAUUUUAAUUUUCUUCUAGUGAAUUUAUGAACUAAUAAAAACUUAAAUAUAUAUUAGAUAUUUUUCAUGAUUUUUAAAUAAAAACAAUAGAAAUCUGCAGGGUAUUUUCAGUAGAUCGUUGGUGUAGGCUAAGAUGAAUAUUUAGGUUUAUUUCUUAUUGCAAGAUAUAAGACUAACACUUUUUGAGUUUUGUUUAGGAGUUCAUCAUCAUUUGUUAAGGAAGUUGUGCGAGAACCAUAACUUUAUUUGCAUCAAGAAUUAUGGUAUUUCUACACAUAAAAAGUCUCCCUGGUUAUUUUUUCCCAAUUUUUGGAAUACUGUUUGAGCUAUAGCUUUGAAACAUUGUUCACUUGUUUAUUACUGUUAUUAGAUAAUUGAGUGCACAGAAUCAUUACUCGACAUGUAAUAUUUUGAGAAAUUAUGAACCACUUCAACAAAGAGAUUAGGACUUUCUUGUUAAGCGUCCAUUUUCUAUGAAACUAAAAUGCACAAACUGUAAAAUGUACAGCCUUAAACUUUGAAC